UGUCACCAGGGUUUGGGUUAAAGAGCCUUCAGCUGCUUUUGCUGGCCGCAGAGCUGGUUUAUUACUAUUAUCAGUCUCAUUCAUGUUCGCUCGUACAGCACCAUCAUUUGUGAACCAUGGCAAACUGUUGCAGAUGCCUAAAUGCGAGACUUCAAUAUUGAUGCAGACACAGUCUUCUUAGUCGGCCUUUCACUCCGUUAAAGUUCCAAAGAUUUCCAUUCGCUGUGGGCAAAAUGAUAGCCAGCUCUAAAGUUUAGAGAUUUACUUAGAUCCUGGAGUUUAAGGCAUGGAGUCACCAACUAAGGAAAUCGAAGAGUUUGAGAGCAACUCUCUCAAAUACCUGCAACCAGAGCAAAUAGAGAAAAUAUGGCUGCGGCUUAGGGGACUGAGAAAAUACAAGAAAACUUCCCAGAGGUUGCGAUGUUUGGUCAAGCAGUUGGAACGAGGUGAAACUUCUGUUGUCGACCUGAAGAAGAAUUUGGAAUAUGCAGCUUCAGUGCUUGAGACAGUCUACAUCGAUGAGACACGCCGUCUGCUGGAUACAGAAGAUGAACUCAGCGACAUCCAGUCUGACUCUAUUCCGUCCGAGGUCCGUGACUGGUUGGCCUCCACAUUUACAAGACAGAUGGGAAUGAUGCUGAAGAGAACGGAAGAGAAGCCAAGAUUCCGCAGCAUUGUCCAUGCAGUGCAGGCAGGGAUAUUUGUUGAAAGAAUGUAUCGACGGACGUCAAAUAUGGUUGGACUAAGCUACCCACCUUCAGCCAUCGAUGCGUUGAAGAAUAUAGAUAAAUGGACCUUCAAUGUAUUUGCACUGAAUGAGGCCAGUGGAGAACACACACUGAGAUUUGUUAUUUAUGAACUUUUCACCAGAUAUGAUCUCAUUAGUCGUUUCAAGAUCCCUAUUUCCUCCCUUGUGUCAUUAAUUGAAGCUCUGGAAGUUGGAUAUACAAAGUACAAAAAUCCCUAUCACAAUCUACUGCAUGCAGCAGAUGUUACACAAACUGCCCAUGCUCUUCUGCUGAGAACUGGUAUUGUGCACUGGAUGACAGAACUGGAAAUCUUUGCCAUGAUAUUUGCAGCUGCUAUUCAUGAUUAUGAACACACUGGAACUACAAACAAUUUCCAUAUUCAGACCAGAUCUGAUUCAGCUAUUCUGUACAAUGACCGAGCUGUACUGGAGAGUCAUCAUGUCAGCGCAGCCUUUCGCCUGCUGCAGGAGGAUGAAGAGAUGAACAUUCUAUUCAAUCUGUCCAACGAUGACUGGAGGGAAUUUCGAUCCCUGGUAAUUGAAAUGGUCUUAGCAACUGAUAUGUCUUGCCACUUUCAACAAAUCAAAGCUAUGAAAAAUACCUUGCUGCAGCCAGAGGGGAUUGACAAGCCAAUGGCUCUGUCACUUUUGCUGCACACAGCUGACAUCAGCCAUCCUGCUAAAACAUGGGACACGCAUUAUCGCUGGACAAUGGCAUUGUUGGAAGAAUUCUUCAGACAGGGUGACAAAGAAGCCGAAUUGGGGCUUCCUUUCUCUCCACUCUGUGAUCGUAAUUCGACUAUGGUGGCGCAAUCCCAAAUUGGUUUCAUUGAUUUUAUCGUGGAGCCAACGUUUUCUGUGCUGACCGACAUGUCUGAAAAGAUUGUAACUCCCCUUAUUGUUGAAGCAUCCCGCCCAAGUACUAGUGGAUUUCGACGAUGCAGUCUGAAUAGUAUUCCAUCCACUGACGUGAAACAUUCAAAGCUGAAGCAAACAGGUGCUGAAGGAUGUUCCUCAAUAAAUUCUUCCCUACUUACUGUGGAUGUGAAGAACUUUAAAAGGAGCUGGAAUGAAAUAUUGCAACAAAACCGUGAGAAAUGGAAGGCACUGCAUGCAAAAGAUGCCGAAGAAAAAGCCCAAAGAGAAGCUCAAGAAAAGGCUGAGCAGGAGCAGGAAGCACAAAAGAAUGAAGAUACAGAACAACAUCACGAUAACAAAGAACAGACAGUUGAACAGGAAAAGAGCAGUGAUGAAGAAAAACAAGCGGAAAAUAAUUUCACCAACAUAAAUCCUGUUCAUACCACCAGUAAAGAUGACAAGUCUAAUGAGGAGGAAAGUCAUUCUGAAGUAGAGGAAAACACUGAAAAUGGAGCUGCUGAAGGGAGAGCACAGCUUAUACGGAUUGGUGAGGGAAGAAAUGCCAAUGCAAAGCCAGAAGAACAUGAGGAUACCGGUGGGAGAAGUAACCAGUGGGCAACACAAGGGAUGGAUGAGCAGCCUGGCACUGGAAACUAGUCUGGUUAUUCUUGCUUAGCUCCCUCAUUCUACAUAGUUUGGCUUACAGA